CUCACUGCGGGGGAAGCAAAAGAUGGCCUGUUUGGCCCGUUUGCCUGCCGCACGUGAUGGCCGCCGAUCCCCCGAGGCUCUUCCAGCUGGACAUCAUCGUCAACCAUCCUCCCUCUUCCCCCCUCUCUCCCCUUCUUGAUAGAUCGAAGGCUUUGGAUGGAUAUGGUCGGCUCGUUUGGGAUUGAAUCUGUCCCGCGCCCGACAGAAUAAUCCCUCCGCACCCUACGAAGAUGACUCGGUGUGAGCUUGCUUUCCUCCGUGACUGCCGCACCUAUAUCAAGCCAUGUACUGGCCCCAUGGAGUUCCGCGGGUCUAUGCGAUCAAUGGCCCUGGAAUUCCGUUCACUGUCUCCGACGACGACGAGUCUAUAGGAUUGGAGAAUGAUGUCGAGCAGUCGCUAUCCCUAAAUGACAAUGGGCCCAAGAAACCGUCCGGUACGGAGUCAGCAUGGGCAAAUGAAGCCAUUGACGGCCUCUGCGCGUCGCGCACGGGUCAUAUGUUUGCGACUAUGACCCACACAUCGAUUGCUUUGUGGCAGACGCGAGUAUGUAUUGGUUGCGCAGUGCCUGUCUGCAUCUAUAUUGACCGAAUAAUAGCCUACCGCCGUCGUCGCCGCCGUCACCCGAUCCACUUCAUCGCUCGAGACCUACGGGCCCAAUGUAGCCCUACUCAUGCAUCCUGAUUCCACCAUUAUUGUUGUCCAGACACAGAACGGCUAUCUUCUGACCUACACGGUUGCAACGGAUCCUCAUAGCCGGGUGUACCAACAACACUUCGACCACUCUACCCAAAGACAGCUCGCACGUUUGUCCGCAGAGGAGGAUGCCAAUGGGGUUCGAGAUGUCAGUAUGCGAUUCAGGAUGGCCAUUAAGAUUGAAUCUGGUAUCGUUCGGGCUCUUGCCCUAGAUAAUGAACUUGUCGUGGCCACUGUGAAACCACCGGCGAUCCAGUGCAUUCGAUGGACUCCGGACGCCAGCGGCUCGCAGACCACCUCGGAGCUAUUGAGCCGGAUUCUAGGUGUGUCCAAGCGGACUUCGAUAACGGACAUGGUGUAUGACCGUGCCAUCAACCUCCUGGUAUGGGUCACCAAUGACGGACAAGCAUAUGCGGUCCAACGCGCAUCAAGCACGGCGCAGGAACCCGGAGCGCCCAAAAAGCUUUUCAACGGACACUGCUUUCAUAACCCCAAAGAUGACGGGGAGAAGGCCGUCAAGGUCGCCGUGAAUGCCCGGUUCUCACUGCUGACGGUGAACUGCGCUAACGGCGAGGUCUUGGUGUACACGGCGAAAGACUACCUGGGGAAUGUACCCCUUUCUCACAAACUGCAGCUGCCUGCCUCGCCGGUGACGACCGGCAAGUUGAACUUCAUGUGCUACUCGCCAGAUGGAUACUGCCUGUUCGCCGGUUACGACCGGGGGUGGACCACAUGGAGCGUGUUCGGGAAACCCGGAGGCAACAGUUUUACAGCGGACCGGGAGCUCGCCAAAACCAACUCCGAGGAUUGGUUAAAUGGGACGUCGUAUGGAUGCUGGAUCGGCGGAGGCUCCGACAUUAUACUGGCAGGGUUGGACGACCGACGACUGUGGAUUUUGGAAACAGCCCGCAGCGCCCUGACCGGCUGCUUUUCUUCGGCAAAUCUCGCCAGAGGCCUCCUGCAGACAGGAACAGAGGUCAUUUUAUAUCGAGGCCACGACCUGCCUGACCUCAUGACCAUCUCCGGCAAAGAUUCGCUGUGGCAUCAUGCGCAGUACCCCCAAAGCUACCUCCAUUCCCAGUGGCCCAUCCGGUCCAGCGUCGUGUCGCAGGACGGACGCUAUGUAGCCAUUGCCGGCCGACGGGGCCUUGCGCACUACAGCGUGAACAGUGGGCGGUGGAAAGUGUUUGAAGACUCGAAAGUCGAGAACUCUUUUGCAGUCCGAGGCGGUAUGUGCUGGUAUGGGCAUAUUUUGAUCGCCGCCAUUGAAAGUGACGGGUCAUACGAGCUGCGAUUGUACUCCCGGGAGCAGCCCUUGAACAACCAAUCAAUCUUGCACAUAGAGUAUCUUCCCUCGCCGGUAGUUUUCAUCGGGCCAUCGGGCGAGGACUCCAUCCUUGUUUAUACCUACGACAACAUCUUAUACCACUACAUCAUCUCUUCUGUGAAUUCUCGGAUCACGCUGGUCCCGGUUGGCCAGAUUGCUUUUAACGGCAUUGUGCGGGCCCCAACUCGAGUACGAGCGAUCAGCUGGGUGUUGCCGGAGGAUCAACUGCGCAAUGGCGACCCAUCGCAAGAUGUAAAGCAGGCUUCGGUGCUCCUUUUGGUUGAUGGCAACCUUGUGUUGCUCCAGCCAUCAACGUCGGACGCCGGGGACUUGAAGUACGACAUGAGGGUAGUCUCUCACGACGUCGAGUAUUACAUCUUAAUGCGGGAUCAGUUCUCAUUCAACUUCGCGCCGUCGGCGGACGAGUCUAUCCCGUCCAGUCCCUCGGCCGAGAUGGCAUUGAACAUGUACCACCACAAUUUGUCCCUGAGAGACUCUCUCUGGACCUUCUGCGGCAAGGAUCUGCUGGCCUGGGGCGAUGUGCAAGACGUCCUGCGGCGGGAAGACGUUCCCAAGGCGAUCGAGAUUCCACUGGACUUUUAUCCGCUGUCAGUAUUGUUGAAUAAGGGGAUAGUCUUGGGGGUGGAAUCCGAGAUGAUGCAACGACGCGACGUUACAUUUGCAGUACUGAAAUUUGCCAUCCGAAGCCAUCUAUUCCUGCCCUACCACCUGCAGCACUGUCUGGUCAACGGGGAUAUGCCAGCCGCACUGUCGCUCUGCCAACACUUCUCGCACCUCUCAUACUUCCCGCAUGCUCUUGAAGUCCUCCUUCAUCACGUCCUAGACGAGGAAGUCGACAACGAAAGCCGCAACAGCAAAGUCGACGACCCGUCCUUGAAACAAGAGCCCCUCCUCCCCUCCGUCAUCUCCUUCCUCCAAGCCUCCCUCCCCGCGCGCGUCUACCUGGACAUCGUCGUGCAAUGCACGCGCAAGACCGAGCUCCGGUCGUGGCGCACCCUCUUCACCUACCUCCCUCCGCCGCGGGAUCUAUUCGAGCAAGCCCUCCGGCUGAACUGCCUCAAGACGGCCGUCGGCUAUCUCUUAGUGUUGCAAGCCUUCGAAGACGAGGAGGGCCACGAGGCGCCCAUUGAAGAUUAUGUGGUGCGGCUGAUGGCGCUGGCGUCCCAGAAAAGCGAAUGGGAGCUGUGCGCCGAGCUGGCGCGGUUUUUGAUCGCGCUGGACGGCACGGGCGAGAUGCUGCGACGGGCGGUUUCGCGCGCGGGCCUGCGCAAUCCGGGUGGGUAUGCUGGGACGGGCAGUGUCAAGGGACUGGGGUUGGCGAUCAGUCCGUCGUGGUCGUCGCUGUCGCAGACGUCGUCGAUUUCUCCGCGACGAAGUCCGAAAGAAGACGAGUUGCCUUGACUGGGAUAGGGGGGGGGUGUACAUAGAUAGAUAGAUAGUUUAUUGAUCUUGGCUGAUUGCCUUUAUACUCGACUGGCUUCUCACUUACUUCAUACUGUCCAUUCCUACGUCUAUUCAUUUCACAUAAGAUAGGCAAACAUUG